AUGCUCUCGUCGCAGCGACCUUGCCGCAUUUUCCGUCGCCGCGACGGCCUCUCGCGACAAAUUGUUUGCACUCUGCUGCUCUUCAACACCCUCUUCUGGCUGUUCAUUUUGCGCCGCUCGAUUCAGCAUUGUCAGCAGCGACGCGCCGCCACGCCGCCAUUUCAUACACGACCCCCGGAACAGCUCUACGGCACCGACUUCGACAAGUUCAACAUGACGCUGAAAGGCUUUCGCUUCGAGUACAAGAUGACAUCACCCAAGAGGAAGAACUGCGUGAAUACGACAAUUUUCUUGGCCAUUAUGAGCACCGGCGACAAAGCAAUGCAUGUUCAGCGCGAAGCGCUGAGGAAUACGUAUUUGAGCAAGGUAGGCAAUUUCUUUGCGAUUUUAAUGCAGUUUUUACAGCUUUUCUGCUGUGAGGAUAAUAUCAGUUUGUCGGGAAAAUAAUGUGGAUUUACCCAGCCUUAUAAUCGCCAUUGCCGCUUUGCGACGGCCAGCCGCAGCUGGAGAUUCGUUCGACGAAAACUUUUUGCUCCGACAAAUCCACAUUAUUUUCCCGACUGACUUAUACAACGCGACAAGAAGCCCUGUGAAUUUUCACGGCUCCACACCGAAUUUUGUUGUACGGAGGCUCAUUUCAGCACAAUAUUGGGUCUUUUGGACGCCGUAGUCAGUUGUUACACUAGUUUUUUUCACAUACAUAUGUCUGUCAGGAAAAUAAUGUGUGUUUGUGGGAGCAAAAUUCAUCGCUUCGUCGCUAUCGCGCACCAAAAAUCUGUCGCAAAGCGAUGAUGGGCGAUUUCAAGGCACGAUAAAUCCACAUUAUUUUCCCGACAGACUUAUGCUCGCAUGAAAUUUUGCCCAACGUAUUCUAAAAAUGACAAACAUGGUCAAACCUCGUAUUUUUGUCAAAAAAAAUCAUCUAAAUUUGUGUCUAAUUUCAUCAGAAUCUGAGCGUCGCAGUCUCAACAUUUCCCCUGUUCGUUUAUGGCCAAAAGUUAGUUCCAAAACACUCAUGAACCUUGUUUCCUGGGCUCUCGAACCUUGACCCAAAAUUUAUUUACACAGCAACACUCUCCCAAAAAAGACAUGGCAUUUUUCCAGUAAACACUGUAUCUUCAGCUGUCUUCAGAACGUAUACGAAGGUUUUUAUGACGCAGAUACGGAUGUUUUUGAAAAAAGAGAGUUCAAUUUUUUCGAAAAUUAAAAUUAGAACUUCCAAUGAAACAACGAAGGGGGAAAACAAGGUUCGGCGAAGGCUCGGCGAAGACUGUAAGACGAAGCCUUACAAUAUAACCGCUUUUUUCCAAUUUUAACUAUACUGCACGUCAAAAGUUUGGAACAGGCCAGAUCUUCUUUGCGGCUUGAGAUGGGAGUUUCAUUUCUUUUUUUUCGAAGCUCCAUGUAUUAAGAACCUCAAUGAAUACAUAGCCAUGGAAAUCAGAAAGCUCGUUGGAAUUUAAAAAAAAAUUUUAAAAAAUAAGUGCGUCAAAAGUUUGGAACAGCUUUUGGAAGGUGAUUAUAAACUUCGGGAUGGAGGCAGGUAUCCUCGCAUUUAGUGUUUCUGGAUGAUGUAUGGAAUCGGCAUGCCAAUGGCAUACUGAUUUUCAUCGAUAAACCCAAAAUGAAAAAAAUGCUGAUUGAGCCAAAAACUACGGUCAAAUUUGCGAAAAAAUGAAUUUUUUGGUUUGGGUUCUCUAUGUUAUCGGUGUGUAAGCGUUCUAAGAUAUUUAAUGUGGUCGCACAAUUGUACAAGGGCACUCAGAUCUUCGCAUAGGAACUAUAUACGCACAGCAUAAUUUAUGAAAAUUUUGAGUUUUGGUAUGAAUCUUUAUUUAAUGUAUUUUAUAUUUUUUAUAGAGCGGCUUGGUGGCUAAUUGGCUUUAACACCGUUAUCGUUGAAUAAAAAGGUGUCUUUAAGAAGCAGAACCUGGCCACUAUUUGCAACAUCAAGGCCACAUCUUUAAAAAUAGCGGGUAUAUGAAAUGUUAAUAUUCAGAUAUUUUUUAUCUUGGAUUUGAAGCCGCUGCAUGGCUCAAAACUAAGUUCCUUUAUAGUUAUCACACCGAUGCAGUAAUAUAAACCAACUUUCCGAUUUAUCACACCACAAAUCCGGGUCAGAUAUGAAUAUUGACUUUGGGGACUAAAUUUUUUUUUAAUAUCCGAAAGAUGUGGCCUUGGAUGUUGCAAAUAGCAUGGGUUUUUGUUUCUUGAAGGCACCUUUUUAUUCCACGAUAACUGUCUUAAAGCCAAUUAGCCUCCAAGCCGCUCUAUAAAAAAUAUAAAAUACAUUAAAUAAAGAUUCAUACCAAAACUCAAAAUUUUCAUAAAUUAUGCUGUGCGUAUAUGGUUCCUAUGCGAAGAUCUGAGUUCCCUUGUACAAUUGUGCGACCACAUUAAAUAUUUUAGAACGCUUACACACCGAUAACAUAGAGAACCCAAACCAAAAAAUUCAUUUUUUCGCAAAUUUGACCGUAGUUUUUGGCUCAAUAAGCAUUUUUUUCAUUUUGGGUUUAUCGAUGAAAAUCAGUAUGCCAUUGGCAUGCCGAUUCCAUACAUCAUCCAGAAACACUAAAUGCGAGGAUACCUGCCUCCAUCCCGAAGUUUAUAAUCACCUUCCAAAAGCUGUUCCAAACUUUUGACGCACUUAUUUAAAAAAAAUUUUUUUUUAAUUCCAACGAGCUUUCUGAUUUCCAUGGCUAUGUAUUCAUUGAGGUUCUUAAUACAUGGAGCUUCGAAUAAAAAAGAAAUGAAACUCCCAUCUCAAGCCACAAAGAAGAUCUGGCCUGUUCCAAACUUUUGACGUGCAGUAUAUAGUAGCUAGCCUUAGUUUUACUAGCCAUCAGUUUGUCGGGAAAGUAAUGAGCACAAUGUAGCUGCGUCAAUCGCAUCGCUGAAGUAAAAAAACGAUUUUUUAAGCCCCUCCUAUCCCAUCCCUUGUGCUUACAACGGCACAGCAAGGCAACCGAAUGUAUACCCGAGACAAAAAAGUCGUGAUAAUUUUGCACAGUGCGUUUUUUUCUGAUUUUUCAACAAAGUAAAAACUUUCACUAAAGUCUGUCGGGAAAAUGAUGUGGAUUUUUCACGCCUAGAAAUCGUCCAUCAUCGUUUUGCGGCGGAUAGACUCGGAGGAAAAUGUGUCGAGGCGAGAAAUUUUGCUUCGACAAAUCCACAUUAUUUUCCCAACAGACUGAUAAAAUAAGACCUAGGCGCAAUUCAAAGAUCUAAUUUUAUCGUCCAAAUUUUCCAGGCCGCUUACUACAAUAUUGAAUACAAAUUUUUCAUCGGAAAAAGCAAUACAACUCGGCCGGAUCUCCUCCAAAAAGAAGUCAAACAGUACAAUGACAUUGUUUUCAUUGACAUGGUGGACUCCUAUGCGAACAAUUCGAUCAAAUGGAACGCCAUGUACCAAUAUCAUCAAAGUUUUUGCCACGAGGCCUUCUUUUUUAUGAAAGUCGACGAUGACGUCAUAGUGCAUUUCCCUCGCCUCUGGCAAUGGAUUGAACGGGAUUUUGGCGGGAUUAUAAUUGGGCAAAGGGAUUGGCUGGUGUGCCAGAAAAUCCAAGGCGUUCAGCCAAUCAGAGAUCCCAAUAAUAAAUGGUAAGGGGAAAUUGAUGAUUUAUGAGGGAAUUGCAAUAUUUCACCUCUUGUAUUUUGAUGAAACUUGAGGAAAUUUUAAGAUUAGAGCUUUCUAAGAGAUAUCCGAGAUUUUUAACUCACACUUUGCAGAAACUGACGAGAUUUUUUGGUCGAAAAAUGUCAAAAAUUAAAAAAAUUUCAAUUUUUUUAAAAUUUUCAAAUUGAAAAAAAUUAGGGCUCUGUGCAAAUUGUGGAGGUCUAAAUCUUUAUGAAAAAUGAUUUUUUUGCCUCGAAAUUUACAAAAAUAUAUCCCAAAAAAGUCUUUUCUCCGACCGUCUCCUCAUUUUCCCUAAUCUCUCGAUCCAAAAAGAUCGUUGAAUAUCUCGGCUGCCUUUGCAAAGUAAAAGCUAAAAUUUUCAGGAAUUGACAGAAGAUAGAUUGUUGUUCUCUAGGCAAAAUUUGAAGAAAUUCUGUGAGUUGAGUUUCGAGAAAUUUCGAACUCUUUACAAGGUUUUCAAAAAAUCUUAAUUUUUUUUUGCAAAGUGCAUUGCUAUAUGCGUAACUUUCACAUUUUCUUCAAAUUUGGCCUACAUAGUCUGUAUGGUCCAUAUAUCAAUUCCUGAAAAUUUCAGCUUUUAAUUUGCAAAGCCAACCGAGAUAUUCAACAAUCUUUUUUCGACGAUAGAUUAGGAAAAAUGAGGAGACGGUCGGAGAAAAAGCUUUUUAUGGAUAUCUCUUUGUAAAUUUAAAGACUCAAAAACCAUUUUUCAUAAGGAUUUAGUGCUCCACUCUCUGCACAGGCCUCUAAUUUUUCAAUUUGAAAAUACCAAAAAAAAUCUAAUUUUUGAAAUUUUUCGACCAAAAAAAUCCCGUCAGUUUCUGUAAAAUGCGAGCUAGAAAUCUCUGAUAUGUCAUAGAAAACUCUAAUCUUAAACUCUGCCGAGUUGCAUCCAAAUCCAAUCUCAUUUUCCCAUCAAAACAAGGUUUUUUCCACUUUCCAGGUUCGUUCCCAAACAUCAAUUUGAAAAAGACUGGUACCCGCCCUAUUGCAACGGCUACGCGGUCAUAAUGCCCAGUGAGACAGUUGGGAAACUUCUCGAGGAGGCGAAACAUCAUCAAUUCAUGAAGAUGGAUGACGUUUUCUUCACGGGAAUUUUGACGGAACCCCUCAACAUCACCGUAAACCACUUUAUUGGAAUUGGCGGGGAUGUAAGCACCGAAAUUUUGAUCCAAAACACUUUUAAAUGGCUUAUUUUAGUUCGAGAUUGACAUUUGUCGAGGCGAUCCGCCCUUCCAGACGGUCAUUCACAGCGAGCGAAGGCCUAAAACAAUAUACGCCAAGUAUUACAAACUCGAAAAAUGUGCUGUCAUCGCCAAGCAGCUGGGAGAUGCCACCGUAAUACCUCAUGUUGACUAUGAAGGUUGAAUGUAUAGAUGAUUUUUACUGGAAAAUACGCAAAAAUAAAAUUUACCGUAACAGCUUUCAUCGUAUAAAAUGUCUCCGCAGUCCGCAUGAAGCAAGGGCGCAGCAUGAAGUAGGAAAAUAAACAGAAAAAUAAUUUUUUUGUGAAGAAAAAGGUAAAAUACGGGUAUUUAGUUUUUAUCAGAUUUUAGGUGAUAACAUUGCACAAGAUCAAUUUUGCUCAAAAAAUGUUGGAUGUUGAGCGAAUUCUCGCUGAAUUCGCUGAAAUAACCGUCGAGGAGGACCGUUGCAGCAAGAAGAACGAAAAUCGACUAUCCAAACAGGAGAAAGCUGCCAGAUAUUUCGAGAAAAUCAAGCAAUCCCGGCUUGCCAAGCGUGCGGAAGAGAGAAAACGUCAAAGAACAGCGAGAAAACGGAGAAAUCGAGAAGAAAAGAUAGUCCUUAAGGAAGAACUAAAUGUAAGGAAGGUUUACAAUUAUUUUUUUCCAAAUUUAGAGUCCAAAAAAGUAGAGAAAAUAUAAAAUUUGUGAUAAAUUCCGCCUCAGUUCGAGAGAAAAUGUGCGAGUGAAAAAAUUCAAAGGGCGGCUCGGAAAACGAAAGGAAGGGAGCGUGCGUCUGUGGUGUAAUGGUCAGCAUGGUUGCCUUCCAAGCAAUCGACACGGGUUCGAUUCCCGUCAGACGCAGAAGAAUAUUUUUUGCCUUUUUUCGAGAUUUUUGGAUUCUUAUUAGUAAUUUCUCGACUCAUUAUUGUAUUUACAGUCUUUCAGCAUCAUUUUACCGCAUUUUCAUCCGCUUUCUGACUUGUUUUAGUUCGUUUUUGUCUAAAAUAAUAUAAUUUUUUGAAUAUUUUCAAUUUCAGAUUGCUAUUGACUUGGGGUUUGAAGUGCAGAUGAACAAAAAAGAGUCAACUCACCUAGCCAGACAAUUAGGGAGAAUUUGGGGCCUUCAGAAACGUUAUCAAGGACUAAAAACGCAACUUUUUGGACUAACUCCAGACUUCUCGGAGAAUUGUCAAAAAAUUGUUACCGGCUUCGACAAAUUCGAUUGGAAAACGCAUGACAAGACGGCUCAUGAUGUGAUUCGAGGGUCUGACUUGGAUAAGUUGAUCUAUUUGACUCCCGAUGCUGAUGCCGAACCGUUGUUGGAAUUGAGCAAGGACAAUAUUUAUGUGAUUGGAGGGAUCGUCGAUGAGACUGGGGUUGGAAGUAGGACCAAAAUGAAAGCUGGUGAGAUAUUUUUUUAUUUCGUAGGUAAUGAAGGGGACAUUUUAUACGAUGAUGUUAGCAAAAAAUGUUUUGUCGUAUAAAAUGUCGCGUUGUAAGUGUAGAAUGAAAAAAAUGUUUCAUGGCAUUUUUCAACUCUCUGGACAGUGUGUGGUUUAUUUUUUGAGGCCAAACCUUUGAAGGCGACAUUCUAUACGAUGAAAAUAUUUCGCGCGGUUUUAAUCGUAUAAAAUGUCACCUUGUGAGUGUAAAGUGAAAAAAUAUGUUUCAUGAGAUUUUCAAUUCUCUUACCAGUUGUGGUUUACUUUUUUGAGUUGAAAUCUUCGAAGGUGACAUUUUAUACGAUGGAAAUAUUUCACGAAGUUUUUGUCGUAUAAAAUGUCGCCAUUGUGCUGGUAAGAUACGAUUUGUACCAUGGAAGAAUGUAAUUAUUAUUCCCUAAGGGUUUUUUACUUCAAAAAAGCGAUGGCGACAUUUUAUACGAUAAAAUGUUCUGGACAACUUUUGUCGUAUAAAAUAUCCCCGGUCGAAGUUCGAAACCUAAAAUACGUUUCUUUGGUUUUUAGACACCUCUGGCCACAAAUCCUAUCGUUUGCCGAUAUCAGAAUUCUCCAGACGCAACACAGAAAAAGGCAAUUGGACAUUCAACCAGAUGCUGGCCCUGAAUCAGGUCGUCGAAGCUCUCUGCCUUUUCUCCCAAACCUCCGACUGGACCACAGCGCUCGCUACGGUCGUCCCAGCUCGUACUGGGUUCAUCUUUGAGAAGGAUGAUCAAAAUUCCGAGGAAAACCCAAAAAAUGAAUGA